UAUAGUUAGCUUGGCUGAGUAGUCGCGUAUUUAAAUCUCUAUGGUUCCCAAAUUUAAUAUUUGAUAUAAACAUGAGUUAGAUAUAUAAUAUGCAAACAAGUGUUUGGUCUAAUAGUACUAUCACUAGUCUUGAACCUGAAGGUUUCAAGUUUAUCAAGUAUAAGAUGAAAACAAACACAUAUCACCCUUAUCUAGAAAAAAUAUUUGAUAAAUAAUAUUCAUAAUUAACAUUCACUUAAUAACUCGAACUAUUGAAAACCAAAUAGUUCAUGACAAUUAUUUCCUCUAAAUCGCAUGCCAUGUGAGAUGGUAUGGUUCGUAUUGGUCGAGAAUCAAUUUGGAUCGAAAAUAAUUCAAGUAAAAUAUAAUGGAUAAAUAUUAUUCAAAGUCGAACCAAAACACAUUUGAAGUGAUCAAAUUUAUUUCAAUUUAGUCUCAUUUUAAACAAAACAUAACAAAAUUAAAAUCAGAUUAUAUGGAGUGGUUGGUUAAGUCUAAUAUGGACCGAAUUUUCCCCCGCCCAUUUGGAAUUACAUGUUACGUUAGUCGUCACAACAUUUUCCCGCCACCUCCGAAAUUCACUCCCUCUCUUCCGUUCCCUCACGAAAAAACAGUUUUUCCCCUUCCUCACAAAUCCCCUCCAUUCUUCUCUUCUAACCGUUCUCUCUCGAUUUCCCCCUCUCCCUCCAUGGCGGAAACAUGAGAGACCUCGUCUACUACACCCAAACCGCCAAAUUCCGCCGGCGGUUCCGGCGACUCCAGCACCGCCUCCCCACCGCGUUCAUCAACACCAUCGCCGCCAUCUCCUCCCCUCCCAACGGCGAGCCCCACCCGCUCCUCAUCCUAUGGCGGUACCAGAUCCUCGACCCGGACAGCGACAUCGUGACGUACUGGAACCACGUCUUCCUCCUGACCUCCAUCCUCGCCUUGUUCAUCGACCCGCUCUACUUCUUCCUCCCUUUGGUCGUCGCCAAGGACCUCUGCUUCUCCUUCGACCACCACCUCGCCGUCAAGAUCACCUGUUACCGAUCCAUCGCUGAUUUGUUCUUCAUCCUCCACAUUGUCCUCAAGUUCCGCACCGCCUUCGUCGCGCCCAAUACGCGGGUUUUCGGCCGCGGCGAGCUCGUCAUGGAUUCCAAUGAGAUUGCUCAUCGCUACCUCAGGUCCGAUUUCGUCAUCGACGUCGCCGCCGCUCUUCCCCUGCCUCAGAUCGUAAUAUGGCUAGUAAUCCCAGUGGCGAGAAACCACACAGCAGAUUACGCCAACAACACACUCUCGCUCAUAGUUCUUAUCCAAUACAUUCCCAGGAUGUUCGUCAUCUUCCCUCUCCACCAACGCAUCGUCAAGACCACCGGCUUCAUCGUCAAGACUGCCUGGGCUGGUGCCGCUUACAAUCUCGUCCUCUUCAUCCUCGCCAGUCAUGUACUAGGAGCUACAUGGUACCUGCUGUCGUUUGGCCGGCAGUACUACUGCUGGAAAACGGCAUGUGCGAGGGAGAAUAAUGAAGGGAACAUAGGCUGUGUUAACCAAUUCCUGGACUGCAAAUCUAUGGUGAUGCCUGAGAGGCAGUACUGGCGGAAUGUGACCCAUGUCCUCGCGACCUGCGACCCUCUCAACAGCAACAUCGGGUUCGCAUUUGGGAUCUUCGCUGAAGCUUUCACUAGCGAGGUUGCUUCCUCGCCUUUUGUGGAGAAGUACUUGUACUGUCUAUGGUGGGGAUUCAAGAAUCUAAGUUCGUAUGCCCAGAAUCUGGAUACGAGCAUUUUUCUGGGGGAGAACGUGUUCUGCAUUGUCACUUGUAUCGUUGGGUUGGUGCUUUCUGCACAACUCAUUGGCAAUAUGCAGACUAAUCUGCAAUCUAUGUCUGUGAGAUUGGAAGAGUGGAGGAUCAAGAGAAGAGAUACAGAGGAAUGGAUGAGGCAUCGCCAGUUACCUCCAGCUCUCGCAGAGCGAAUUCGCCGGUUCGUGCAGUACAAAUGGCUCGCCACCAGAGGUGUCCAUGAAGAGUCAAUCCUCUGGUCAUUGCCUCAGGACCUGCGACGGGAAAUCCAGCGCCACCUCUGCCUCUCCCUCGUCCGCCGUGUCCCGUUCUUCUCUCAGAUGGACGACCAGCUCCUGGAUGCAAUCUGCGAGCGACUGUUCUCGUCGUUAAACACAGAAGGGACCUAUAUUGUUCGAGAAGGAGACCCGGUCAAUGAGAUGCUCUUCAUAAUCAGAGGCCAGUUAGAGAGCUCAACGACUAAUGGAGGACGAACAGGGUUCUUCAACUCGAUCACCCUCCGCCCAGGUGAUUUCUGCGGCGAGGAGCUUCUGACGUGGGCGUUGAUGCCCACAUCGAGCCUCAACUUCCCAUCCUCCACCAGAACCGUGAAGGCACUCACAGAAGUGGAGGCAUUUGCCCUCCAGGCAGAGGACCUGAAGUUUGUUGCCUUGCAGUUCAAGCGACUGCAGAGCAAGAGAAUUCAGCAUGCCUUCAGGUACUACUCCCAUCAGUGGCGGACAUGGGCAGCCUGCUUGAUACAGGUAGUCUGGAGGAGGUUCAAGAAGAGGAAACUGACAAAGGAGCUGACAAGGAGGGAGAGCCCCUUAGGUUCAGGGUACUUGCCUGUUAUGGAUGCGGACUAUUUCUACUACAGCGAGGACGAGGAUGAUGACUCUGAAGAGGACGAGUACGAGGAUGAAAAUGGGGAUGGGGUUUCAGGUGCGAAUCAAAGAGGGCUCGGAGCUACGAUGUUGGCUUCUAGGUUUGCUGCCAAUACAAGGAAGCAGAAGGGGCUGCAUGGGGCUGAAACAGGGACCUCUUCCAGCUUGAAGAUGCCUCAGUUAUUUAAGCCUGAUGAGCCCAAUUUUUACACUGACCAUGAUGUUUAGCUAGUAGAGAGUGUACAGUUUGUCUAUUGAGAAUGGUUAAGUUGGAUGAGCGUAAGAAAGUGUAGUAGUUUAGGAGCUUUGUGCAAUGUGCUAACAUUUUUGUGUGAAUGUAUACUAGUUUACUGAUAGGAAUACGAUAUUGCAAAACACGAACUUCACAUUGCUAUAGCUUGUGAUAUAAACAAAUUGUAUUGAC